GCGCUGGUGGGGAGAGGUGUUCGGGACAUGCUGAAGCGUGCGGAGUUCAUGACGGUCCCGCGGAGACAAAGACAUAAGAAAAAAUGGGUUUCUGUGAGCUCUCCUCAUCCCACCUUCCUGGAGUCUGGGGACUUUCCCAAAAUGACCCUCAGCCCUGUGAUUCUGAGCAUUGUGGUGUCAGUCACUGCAUGACCUUAGGCUGCCACAGAGCCCAAAUUUCCUGCCACUCGACUGGCUCUGCAGAAUUUUGACAUGACCUACAGUGUGCAAUUUGGGGAUAUUUGGCCAUCGAUCCGGGUCAGUCUCCUCUCAGAGCAGAAGUAUGGUGCACUGGUCAAUAACUUUGCUGCCUGGGAUUGUGUGAGUGCUGAGCUGGAGCAGCUGAGUGCCAGGGACUUCGUGAAUGAAGCUAUCGUCCACAGGGAACCAGAACCUGAGAAUGGCCAAACUGCAGCUCCACCCCCUGCCUCCUGGGCCUGCAGUCCAAACCUUCGAUGCUUCACUUUUGCCAGAGGGGAUGUCAGCCGUUUCCCUCCUGCCAGGCUUGGCAGCCUGGGUGUCAUGGAUUACUACCUGAUGGAUGCUGCCUCCUUGCUGCCUGUCCUGGCCCUCGGCCUGCAGCCUGGUGACACCGUACUUGACCUGUGUGCCGCCCCUGGGGGAAAGACACUAGCAUUGCUUCAGACUGGCUGUUGCCGCAAUCUCGCUGCCAAUGAUCUCUCCACUUCACGAACAGGCAGACUACAGAAGAUCCUUCACAGCUAUGUGCCUCAAGAUGUCAGGGAUAGGAAUCGAGUUCGAGUCACAUCAUGGGAUGGAAGGAAGUGGGGAGAACUGGAGGGGGACAUCUAUGACCGGGUGCUGGUGGAUGUGCCCUGUACGACAGACCGCCACUCCCUUCAUGAGGAGGAGAACAACAUCUUUCAGCGUUCAAGGAAGAAGGAGCGGCAGAUGUUGCCUAUGUUGCAGGUGCAGCUUCUUGCGGCUGGACUCCUUGCCACCAAACCAGGAGGCCACGUUGUCUAUUCCACCUGCUCACUCUCACACUUACAGAAUGAGUAUGUGGUGCAAGGCACCAUCGAGCUCCUGGCCAAUCAAUAUGGCAUCAAGGUUCAUGUGGAAGACCUGACUCACUUCCGAAAGCUUUUCAUGGACACAUUUUCUUUCUUCCCAUCCUGCCAGGUUGGGGAGCUGGUAAUCCCAAACCUCAUGGCCAAUUUUGGGCCUAUGUACUUUUGCAAAAUGUGUAGAAUGACGUAGCAUCACCCUGUUCCUGAAGUCCUGUUGUAGGAAGACAAAGGGUGUACUCUUGUGGAGACCAGUGGCUGAGAUGCACUCUGGCCUGUCUCCAUCCCAUUCAAGUCUUUCUGUAGACAGUUUUCAGCAGUAGGAAGUAAGAGUUUUUCUGUCCUGCUGUCCAGUUGUGGAGCAUCAGCACGUUUCUAACUCACUUAUUACACCCCACUUCCAACCCCUACUCCCCAUCUCUGAGCCUGUGCUAAAGGUUCCUGCCCCGUUAGGAGCUUAGGAGGAGGAACCAGUGAGCAGGGCCACUCUUUAAGCUGUAAACUUGGGAAGAAGCAUUUAGCCAAUAAAAUUGUUGAAGCUCCAUGUAGUUGGGACUGUAGUUGGGGGGCCUCACGUCAGUCCAAGUAGUGUUAGUUCCUUUUGUACCCAGGUACCCAAAGCACAGGACCUCAGCCUGGUUACAGGCCUCUGGUUACAGAGCCCGUCUCACACUUGAGGUGAGUUCUGCAUGAUAAGUCUUGAGCAGCUGAAGGGCUUAAACAAGCCUACCAAGUUUCUCCAUAUGUCCCAUGAUCUAAUUUAAGGAACAAGUAACUAAAAUGUUAAGCCAGUGCAUAAUAAUCUGCUUACUUACUUUGAGAAAUCUCUCUUGAGCUGACUAAUUCCAGCCAUUCCUCCUGCUGUCAACAGCACUGCUUCCCAAAUGUGGCUGGGAAGAGGUCUAGUGGCUCCAUGGGUUCCUGUGCUCUAGAGCCUGCGAGCCACAACUACUGAGCCCACGUGCUACAACUACUGAAGCCCACGUGCCUAGAGCCCAUGCUCCGCAACAAGAGAAGCCACUGCAAUGAGAAGCCCGUGCACCGCAAUGAAGAGUGGCCCCCACUUGCUGCAACUAGAGAAAGCCCAUGUGCAGCAGCAAAGACCCAACACAGCCAAAAAUAAAUUUUUAAAAACUAAAACAAAAAAAAUUAAAAAAAAAAAAAGAAUGUUCAUAGUAGCCCUGGUCACAAAAGCAAACCCAAAUGCCCAUGAGAGUGGACAAAUAAAAUGGAAUAUUCACACAAUGGAAUAUUAUACAGGUGUCAGAACAAAUGAGCUACAAUAACACAUAACAAUAUGAAUGAUUCUUAGCAAAAAUAUAUUAAAUGAAAAGUUUAGUCCCAAAGAUUAAAUGUAGCAUGAUGCCCUUUAAAAAUAAAACUUUAUUCUUUUUUGUUGUUAUUUACAUACGAUAUAAUUUAUCAAUUUGAAAUGUACCAUUUAAAUGAAUGUUGAUAAUUCAUUAUAGUAGUAUAGCCAUCAUCACCAUCAAAAUAUAGAAAAUAAUUCCAUCUUCUAAAAAGUUUCCUUGUGCUCCUUUGCACUUAAUCCCCUUCUCCCACUCCUGGUCCCAGGUAAUCACUAAUCUGCUUUCUGUCACUAUAGUUUUGCCUAUUCUAGAAUUUCACAUAAUGGAAGAGAGAGUUGAUUUACAGCUGGAUUGCAAAGGCUGUGUCUUUAUCUGGAUGUCUGUUUUUUCACUCUUGGCCGAGGUAAGGGCAUUGGUAUUUCUAAUGUGCUAUUUAAAUCUGAACCUCCCUUGGUGAUUCCCAAGGUCACUUUCUUUACUGACAGUUUACAGCUGGCCUAACUGGUUACAUGUGUGUGGCUUGACUACAUGGCCAGAGUAGCAUAAAAAAGAUCUGAGCUCUCCCACAGCCAAGAUUCCCCACACAGAUCAUGGAGAUUCAAUCCAAAGAUAGAGUACUUUGCUUCACAUCCUUGCUAAUACUUGGUAUUGUAAAUUUUAAACUUCACAUCCUGUCCCAAUGCAUUAUGGCUUUGCUACUUCCUUCACCAAGACACAGUGUCUCUUUCCUCACACCUUGAAUCUGGGCUGACUGUAUGAUUUGCUUUGACCAGUUAAAUUUGGUGGAAUGAAUGUUGUGUAAAUUCUAAGCUUAGGCCUCAAGAGGCCUUGUAGCUUUCACUCUCACCUUGGAACUUUUCUACUGCCAUGUGAAGAAGUCCAGGCUAGCUGCUGGAGACAUGUGAUGGACACCAAGCUAAGACCUUCUAACCUCCAUUAAGUAGUUAAAUGACCCAAACUGCAUGAGUGACUCCAGUCAAGACUAGCUUAGCUUGCUGAUUCCCAGAAUCAUGAGUAAAUAAAAUGGUUGUUUUUAAACCGCUAAGUUUUGGGGGGGGGGUUGUUACACAGCAAUAAAUAAUUGACACGUGUGGAAAACCCAAAUCUGACUGUCAUUUACCUGCUUACAAUCCUUUGUUCUCUCUGCAUUGCCUGCAGUAUCAAGUCCAAACUCUGCCCUGGCCCCUGGUUGUUGAUUCUAUCUCUGCUAUCCCCCAAUGCUCCCUUCUCUCACAAGUUCUUUUUGUAUCCCAAGCAUAACCUGUCCCCUGGUGCCUCUGUGUCAUGACACAUUGUCUUCUGUGUCUAAAUGCCCUUUUCUUUCUGUUCUUGCUAGCCCAGAUUUCCACCCCCUCCAGGAAGCUUUCUCUGAUUUUCUAAAGCAGACUGAGUUGUUCCCUUUUCUGUGCUUCCCCAGCCCUCUGUAUAUAUUAUGAAUAUAACACUUCCCUUGUGUGCUUUCUCUCCUCACCCCAUCCCCAAACUGAGAAUUAUUCGGGGCAGGAAGCUAGUAUCUUGCAUCUC